GAGAGUUCACCAGUGAUGCCUGACUGUACGCAGCAUAUUCUCUCGCUUCCGCAUAUAGUUUCAACCCGUAAAUAUUUUCAACGAUUUUGGACAGAUUUAUAAUAAUAUUUUCAACAUUUUAAGCGUAAAACUGGAAAAUAUAUACUCAUUUUCUUUAAAUAGAAAUGAAACUAGGAAUUUGAUUGAAAAACAAAACGUAAGUAAUAACAUAGGAAUCAUCCGCCAUACGUCUAUAUAAUCACCAAACAUGGCGCCCGUGAUUCAGUUGAGAAUUGAAGACGAGGGAGGUUGUUGCGCGGUGUCUGAUUGAAAUAUUAGAGUACUGCAAUCUGCGAAAAGAUGACGACCACAGACGGAGAUGCGGAAGUUUUCGCAUUCCAGGCUGAGAUUGCUCAGCUUAUGUCCCUGAUUAUCAACACAUUCUACUCGAACAAGGAGAUUUUCCUGCGUGAGUUGAUUUCCAACGCUUCUGAUGCGUUGGACAAGAUCCGCUACGAGUCUCUGACCGACCCCUCCAAACUGGACGGUGGCAAAGAGCUCUACAUCAAGAUCAUCCCCAACAAGAAUGACCGCACACUCACUAUUAUUGACACCGGAAUCGGCAUGACCAAGGCUGACAUGAUCAACAACCUGGGUACGAUCGCCAAGUCCGGCACAAAGGCGUUCAUGGAGGCGCUGCAGGCGGGCGCCGACAUCUCGAUGAUCGGCCAGUUCGGCGUGGGUUUCUACUCGGCCUACCUCGUCGCCGACAAGGUCACCGUGCACAGCAAGCACAACGAUGACGAGCAGUACGUGUGGGAGUCGUCGGCCGGCGGCUCGUUCACCGUGAAGCCCGACACCGAGGAGCCCCUGGGCCGCGGCACCAAGAUCGUGCUGCAGCUGAAGGAGGACCAGACCGACUACUGCGACGAGAAGCGCAUCAAGGAGGUCGUCAAGAAGCACUCCCAGUUCAUCGGCUACCCGAUCAAGCUGCUGGUGGAGAAGGAGCGCUCCAAGGAGGUCUCAGACGACGAGGAGGAGGAUGAGACCAAGGAGAAGAAGGAAGAGGACAAGGACAAGCCCGAGGUCGAGGACGUCGGCGAAGAUGAGGAGGGCGAGAAGGACAAGAAGAAAAAGAAGACCAUCAAGGAGAAGUACAAUGAGGAGGAGGAGCUGAACAAGACCAAGCCGAUCUGGACGCGGAACCCCGACGACAUCAGCCAGGAGGAGUACGGCGAGUUCUACAAGUCGCUGACCAACGACUGGGAGGACCACCUGGCCGUCAAGCACUUCUCGAUCGAGGGUCAGCUGGAGUUCCGCGCCCUGCUCUUCUGUCCUCGCCGGGCGCCGUUCGACCUGUUCGAGAACCGGAAGAAGAAGAACUCUAUCAAGCUGUACGUGCGACGUGUGUUCAUCAUGGAGAACUGUGAAGAGAUUAUUCCCGAGUACCUGAACUUCAUGCGCGGCAUUGUCGACUCUGAGGAUCUGCCCCUGAACAUCUCCCGUGAGAUGCUGCAGCAGAGCAAGAUCCUGAAGGUCAUCAGGAAGAACCUAGUCAAGAAGUGUGUCGAGCUUUUCGAGGAGAUCGCCGAGGACAAGGAGAACUACAAGAAGUUCUACGAGCAGUUCGGAAAGAACCUGAAGCUCGGCAUCCACGAGGACAGCACCAACCGCAAGAAGCUGGCCGACCUGCUGCGCUACUACACCUCUGCGUCCGGCGACGAGCCGUGCUCGCUGAAGGACUACGUGUCGCGCAUGAAGGACAACCAGACGCAGAUCUACUACAUCACGGGCGAGUCGCGCGACCAGGUGUCCAACUCGGCCUUCGUCGAGCGCGUCAAGAAGCGCGGCUUCGAGGUGGUCUACAUGGUGGAGCCGAUCGACGAGUACUGCGUGCAGCAGCUGAAGGAGUACGACGGCAAACAGCUGGUGUGUGUCACCAAGGAGGGCCUCGAGCUACCGGAGGACGAGGAGGAGAAGAAGAAACUGGAGGAGGACAAGGCCAAGUACGAGAACCUCUGCAAGGUGAUGAAGGACAUCCUGGACAAGAAGGUGGAGAAGGUGGUCAUCUCCAACCGGCUGGUAUCCUCGCCGUGCUGCAUCGUCACCUCCCAGUACGGCUGGUCGGCCAACAUGGAGCGCAUCAUGAAGGCUCAGGCGCUGCGUGACAACUCCACCAUGGGCUACAUGGCCGCCAAGAAGCACCUCGAGAUCAACCCCGACCACAAGAUCGUCGAGCAGCUCAAGGUGAAGGCUGACGCCGACAAGAACGACAAGAGCGUCAAGGAUCUGGUGAUGCUGCUGUACGAGACGGCCCUCCUGAGCUCCGGCUUCAGCCUCGAGGACCCGGGCGUGCACGCGUCGCGCAUUCACAGGAUGAUCAAGCUCGGCCUGGGUAUCGACGAUGACGGCGAGCCGGAGGUGGCCGAGACGCCCGCUGAGGAGAUGCCCCCGCUCGAGGGAGAAGAUGAGGAUGCCUCGCGCAUGGAGGAGGUCGACUAGAUGCGCUCCCCCCCCCCCCCUCGCUAGGCUAUCAUCUGCAUAAGGCUGUCAUUUUUCAUUAUCAUUUCGUUAGUUAUGUUUAUAAUACUGUUCCUACGGGAUUGUGAUUGCACGUGUAUGAUAUCAGGUACCGAUUAAUACAUUGUCCAUUGUGUUG